AUGGCAGAAAAUGUUGGUGUUUUAAUAGAAAACUUGACAGCCCAAUUAACUGGACUCACGUCGGCCAUCAAUACCCAGGGGAUUGCAGGCGCAGUAGACAGCUAUGAGGGGGACCCGAAGAAAUUUAAAGAGUGGGUAGGAUCGAUAGAAAAAUAUGCUUCGUUAACCGGGAUAGCUGCUGAUAGAAUAAAAUUAGUAGCGUAUCAAGCUAGUAAGGGCCCAGUGGGAGAUUUUGUGAAACGUUACGUUGAAGAAAACCCCCAGGGAACUUGGGCAGAGCUUAAGGCGGAGCUUGCCUCCCGAUUUUCGGAGAUAACCGAUCCACAGCAUGCUUUUGUUCUGCUGCGGAAAGCCAAGCAGAAAUCGGACGACAGCGUCCAGAUUUUUGCUGAAAAACUGUUGGCUUUGGCCGAUGAGGCCUAUGCUAACAUGCAAAGGGGCAAUCCAGCCGUAGAGCAGCAACUGGUCGGAUUCUUUGUAGGUGGGCUACUUAAUGAUAGCUUAAAGAUGAAGGUAAUGCAAGAAAAUCCGCCAACAUUACGGGAAGCGGUGAACGUAGCUAUGGCCGAACAAAAUUUGCGACGGCGAUUCCAGCUCCGUACUAAUACCGUAACCAAGGGUAGGCAUGUGGAACCCAUGGACACUAGCCCUACGGCAGUGCCAAUGGAUGUAGGACAUAGCAGAGCUACCCGUAAAUGCCACAACUGCGGCAGGACGGGGCACAUUGCUAAGGAAUGUAGGUCGAAAACACGUCAAACUGGGGCUGGUCCGGGCCAAUAUCAGCAGCUCUGUUGGGCUUGUGGGAAUCGGGGCCAUUUUCAACGAGAGUGCCCUCAAUAUAGACAAAGAAAAACCUAG